AUGGAAACACAUGCAUACACAACCCUCGCUAUUGAUCACGACCUUGCCUUAGUUGUGUCUGAUCCGGAUGGAGAUAUCGCUACACAAGUUGCACUCGCAAAUACAGCGCUUGCCAGCGGCGACUUUACCCCUCGAGAUGUGUCACGGUUCUUGUCGAUUCGGCAGAUCAAAAUCUUAAAUCCGCGAAGUAUCGGUAUGGCUUUCUACCGCGAUGCCAUUCUAGCUGUCAGACAACGGGUGGAGUACGACUAUUAA